AUGCAUCUCUCCCUUCUCUCCUCAGCUCUAGCCAUUACAUUGGCCGCUCCCUCCCUCGCGCAGGUCCAAAAUUGGAUCAUCCCCGAAGCCGGCCAGACCGGAACAAUCACCGAUCCGUCAAGGGUUUACUGCAUUAUCGAUGACGGCCGCCUCGAAGCAUCCCCUGACUGUACAAUUUUUACCUCCGACGGCGAAGGAGGACUCGAAUCUGCCAAUGGGUGGCUCACUCUGAACGAGGAAUCGAACGAGCUCGAAAUUGCGACUGAAAAAUCCGACUUCCAGUGGCAGGGACGACCUAGCCCGAUUGGCGGCUCUACCGAGUUGCUUUCGUACUUCACCGCUACUGACGAAGAACCCGUUUAUGGACCAACUUGGAACCAUAUCCCGGGGACAAACUACGUUGGGACCUGGACGGGUGACUUUAGGUCCGAGGCUCCUGUCUGGUUGAGCUUUGUGCCUGAGUCUUCUUGA